AUGGUGAAGGAUGGUGUUAUUGAACCUUCAUCUAGUCCAUGGUGUUCACCUGUGGUGCUGGUGAAGAAGAAGGACGACAGCAUGCGAUUUUGUAUUGACUACCGCCGCCUGAACGACGUUACGAAGAAGAGCAGCUAUCCCUUGCCUAGAAUUGAUGACACGCUGGACAUGCUCAGAGGCGUAAAGUGGUUUAGUACGCUGGAUCUGAAAAGUGGCUACUGGCAGGUUGAAAUUGACCCUAAGGACAAGGAGAAAACUGCAUUCUCCACAGGAAAGGGUCUGUGGCAAUUUAAAGUCAUGCCGUUUGGAUUGUGCAAUGCUCCAGCAACGUUUGAAAGAUUAAUGGAGCUUGUACUUACAGGGCUAAUUGGAGAUGCCUGUCUGGUCUACUUGGAUGACAUCAUCAUCAUAGGCCGUACGUUUGAGGAACACCUUCAAAACCUGGAACGCGUGCUCAUGAAGAUCCAGAGUGCCAACCUCAAGUUGAGUCCGAAGAAGUGCUCAAUAUUCAAACGGCAAGUUAGUUUUUUGGGGUAUGUAGUGUCGGAAGAAGGUAUCCGCACGGAUCCAGAGAAAAUUGCUGCUGUCAAGGAGUGGCCGGUCCCAAAAGACAAGAAACAGGUUAGAGCAUUUUUGGGUUUGUGCUCUUAUUAUCGGUGA